AUGAAGUUGUUGCUUUGGAAAUUGGACCCAUGGAUUAUAAAUUGGCAAAAAUGUGGAGUGGCUGAGGAAUACAAUUGUGCGAGAGAUGUUGACGGAUGUGUUGGGAGGUCUUUGACCAUAGAGCUGAAGGUUGUCAUGCAGCUUUCUUUUCAUUUCAAGCAGCAAAAUACUCGUGCUUUCUUUUCCCGUAGUAACGAUAAUAUAAAUUUCAAAAAUUGGCACCCAUGGCUCAAAUGGAUAUGCUGGGCUUUAAGACUAAUACUAGAGACAACCAUGAGGAUUUAUCACAAUGUGGUCACAUCCUGGAUGCUAUUUCAGAGGAUUUAUCCCAAUGCAAUGUGUGAGGAUGUUGGAUGUGAACUCUCUGAGGAUUUAUCCCAAUGCGAUCACAGCCUGGGCAUCAAAAAGCCAAAGCUGGAGAUCAUUCUUCCUGACAUAACCUAUGCCUUUUUUCUCUCACACUCACAAGGCUCAGAAGGAAACCAAGCUACUCUUGGACAAGGUAUCCUAGCUGAGAGGGUGUCCCUGUAUGAUGAAGGGAAAAGAGACUACUUUCAUUUGGAAAGAAUGCUGGUUGGGCAGGAUUUAGCGACUUCCUGCGUGGGGUAUUUAAGUCUUGGAUAUUCAACACCGUUCCUCCUAUUGGGUGCAUCUUAUAUGUAUCUGUCCUUGGCUGCUGCCAAGGCUGCAGUGAUUUCCGUGGGUGAAGAGAUAGUGACUCUGGGACUGCCAUCAAGAAUCUGCCUCUGGUUUUUGUCUUCACCGGUUCAGGAAUCUGCCUCUGCCUCUGGGACUACCAAGGCUGCAGUGAAAAAAAUGCAUCUCAUCAUAAUUCCUUCUUUUGAGAAUGGAACCGGGCAAAAUUCACCUUCAUUUCCUUUUUCUGCAUGA